AUGGCUGGACUUGCACCCGAGGGGUCACAGUUCGAUGCUCGUCAGUAUGAUUCCAAAAUGAAUGACUUGCUUUCUUCUGAUGGACAGGACUUCUUCACAUCCUACGACGAGGUUUAUGAAAGUUUUGAUGCUAUGGGACUGCAGGAGAAUCUUCUCAGAGGAAUUUACGCAUAUGGUUUUGAAAAGCCAUCAGCCAUUCAGCAAAGGGGAAUAGUUCCCUUCAUCAAGGGACUUGAUGUUAUUCAACAGGCUCAGUCCGGGACUGGGAAGACAGCUACUUUCUGCUCUGGUGUUCUGCAGCAACUUGACUAUAGCUUGACGCAAUGCCAGGCCUUGGUUUUAGCACCAACUCGAGAGCUUGCUCAGCAGAUUGAAAAGGUUAUGCGGGCACUUGGAGAUUAUCUGGGUGUGAAGGUUCAUGCAUGCGUGGGAGGCACCAGUGUGCGUGAAGACCAACGCAUUCUAUCUAGUGGUGUUCAUGUCGUGGUUGGUACCCCUGGUCGUGUUUUUGAUAUGCUUCGUAGGCAAUCACUUCAGCCAGAUCACAUCAAGAUGUUUGUGUUGGAUGAGGCUGAUGAAAUGCUUUCGCGAGGUUUUAAGGAUCAGAUUUAUGAUAUAUUUCAGCUGCUGCCAUCGAAGAUUCAAGUGGGAGUUUUCUCAGCCACAAUGCCACCUGAGGCUCUUGAGAUCACAAGGAAGUUUAUGAACAAGCCUGUGAGAAUCCUUGUGAAGCGUGAUGAGCUUACCUUGGAGGGUAUAAAGCAAUUUUAUGUCAAUGUGGAGAGAGAGGAAUGGAAGCUGGACACUCUCUGUGAUCUUUACGAGACGUUAGCAAUCACCCAGAGUGUCAUAUUUGUGAACACCAGAAGGAAAGUUGAUUGGUUGACUGACAAAAUGAGAGGCCGUGACCACACUGUUUCAGCAACCCAUGGAGAUAUGGACCAGAAUACAAGGGACAUUAUUAUGCGUGAAUUCCGUUCUGGUUCUUCCCGUGUCUUAAUUACAACUGAUCUUUUGGCCCGUGGUAUUGAUGUCCAACAAGUGUCUCUAGUUAUAAAUUAUGAUCUCCCUACACAGCCUGAGAACUAUCUGCAUCGUAUUGGUCGUAGUGGGAGGUUUGGCAGGAAAGGUGUGGCCAUCAACUUUGUCACAAAGGAAGACGAUAAAAUGCUGGUUGACAUCCAGAAGUUUUAUAACGUGGUAGUUGAGGAGCUGCCUUCAAAUGUUGCCGAGCUCCUUUAA